GAACACUGCCGCCGCGUCUGGGCCUAAGGCGCGGCCGGAACCCAAGCGACUCCCAAGGUUUUCGGCCAGGCGAGCGUUGGCCCGGGCUUGGGAGCGAACGAAGCGCGCCUCUCCCUGCGCUCGGCCGCGCAUGGCGGGCCGGAGGCUGGACGCCCAGACGCGACCUCAGGCUGAGGGGCGGGGCGAGCCGAGCGCCCGGCCCUCCCCAGAGCACGCGAGCUCCGUUCCGCGCAGGGUGGCGCCCGCUGGAGUUGACGUUAGCCAUGGAAACGGGGAGCGGGUCGAGACGCCACCGCGGUAAGCUGGUUGCCCCGGCCGCCACAUCUCUUCUGCCUCCGCGUUCGGGCCGCAGGCAGCCUCCCGGCGGGAGGGCCCUAUACGGGUUUACCUGCAAAAACGUAGUCCCCGGGAUGCCUUCGCAUCCCCUCUUCCUUCAGGUGACUCGAGAGACCGCUGUGUUUCAGAAAAGGAUGUGACUUUCAGAAUAAUCCUGAGUGAGAAGGAUGUGUCCAGAUGUGCCUCUGCUGAAUGAUUACAAACAGGACUUCUUUCUGAAGCGCUUUCCACAGACUGUUCUUGGAGGCCCUCGACUCAAGUUAGGCUAUUGUGCCCCUCCUUACAUAUAUGUUAAUCAGAUUAUCCUUUUUUUGAUGCCAUGGGUUUUGGGUGGAAUAGGGACACUUUUGUACCAGUUAGGCAUCCUGGAAGACUAUUAUACAGCAGCACUUUCAGGUGGACUAAUGCUUUUCACUGCAUUUGUCAUCCAAUUCACAAGUUUAUAUGCCAGAAGCAGAUCGGUGACAGUGGAAAGAAUGCUGACCACAGAUAUCUUAGCAGAGGAAGAUGAGCAUGAAUUUACAAGUUGUGCUGGUGCUGAGACCAUCAAAUUUCUAAUUCCUGGCAAAAAACAUACAGCCAAUACCGUUUUUCAUUCUGUUCUUGCUGGCUUAAUGUGUGGUCUUGGAACAUGGUAUUUGCUCCCGAAUAGAAUAACCCUGCUGUAUGGCAGUGCAGGAGGCACUGUUGUACUAUUUGCCUUUGGAUGGAUGACAUUGUGUAUAGGAGAAUAUUCACUAAUUGUAAACACAGCUACAGAGACUGCAACUUUCCAAACCCAGGAUACUUAUGAAAUCACUCCUCUUAUGAGACCUCUUUAUAUUUUUUUCUUUGUUUCUAUAGAUCUUGCACACAGGUAAUAAGCUAUCAAAUACUUUAUAACUUUAUUUUUAAGCAUACAUAGUAAGAGCACUCUCCUUAAUAUUAAAAGAAAAGAAUGUAUGAAUUAAAAGUCAUCAAACCUUUGGGUGAUAGGUUGUUUUGAUGAAUAAUCUCAUAGGACUAAUCUUUGUUAAACAUUCAUCCUAAAACAGUAAUUAAAUCUUGUUGAAGAAUAAAAAGAAAACCCUUUAUAAGUUAAGGUAAAUAAGCAAAAUUUCAAUACUGUGUUUUACUUUAAAUAAGGAGCUAUGAAUCUGUAAGAUAGCCUGGGUGAAACCUGUGAAAUGAGAUGGAACUUUGCUGUGAAAGGAAAAUAGAGAAUUUAAAAUUUAUACACAUAAAUGUUAAUGCACAGAUUGAGUGGAUUUAAGAUGAAUAGAAUAACUUAUUUAAUUUUGUUAUCGUAAUUAUAUAGAAUAUUGAUUUUUUAAAAAAUCAAUUUGCUAUGGAAGAAAAGAAGAAAAUAGCAAUUUUAAACAAAAUUAUUUGAUGACUUCUUUUGCUUGCCUUUUCUAAAUCUAACAUUUCUUUCUCUGUUCCUAUAGAUUGCAGCUUUCUCUAUCACAGGUAGAAAUGUACAGGCACCACUUCAUGGACUGUUUGUACCACCCUCAUUCAUUUAUUAAAUCCCUAACCCCCAAUGUGGUGAUAUUUGGAGAUGGGGUCUUUGGGAGCUAAUUAGGAUAAUGAGAGUGGGGCCCUGGUAUGAUGGGAUUAGUACCCUUAUAGGAAGACACACUAAAGAGCCUGAUUUCUCCCUCCAACAUAUGAAAAUGAAAUGAGAAGGCAGCUGUCUUCAAGCCAGAAAGAGAGUUUUCACCAUACCCUGAUCAUGGUGGCACUCUAAUCUCAGACUUCCAGACUCCAGGUCUGUGAGAAAUAAAUUUCUGUUGUUUAAGUCACCCGACUCUAUGGUAUUUCAUUAUGAGCUGGCUAAGAUUUUGAUACCAAGAAGAUGGGGUGCACCCAUAACAAAUACCUAAAAGUGUAGAAGCGGCUUUGGAACUGGGUAAUGGGUAGAGGCUGGAAGAGUUUUGAAGUGUGUGCUAGAAAUGUGGACAUUAAAGGUAAUUCUGGUGAAGUCUCAAGACAGCAGUGAGAGCAUGUUAUUGGAAACUGGAGGAGAGGGCGAUCCUAGUCAUAAAGUGGCAAAGAACUUAGCUGAAUCAUUUUCUAAUAUUUUGUGAAAGGUAGAACUUGAGAGUGAUAAAUUUGGAUAUAUAGCCGAGGAGAUUUCUAAGCAAAGUGUUGAAUGAACAGCUUGAUUUCUCCUGACAGCUUAUAGUAAAAUAUAAAGGAGAGAGAUGAAUUGAAGAAGCAAUUGCUAAACAAAAUGGAACCAGAACUUGAAGAUUUGGGACAUUUUCAGUCUAUCCAUAUUGCAAAAAAUGAGAAAGCAUGUUCUGAAGGGAACACCAGGGGUGUGGCUGGACUGUCGCUCAGUGAAGAGUUUCUGGGAUUAUAAGAGCAGAAACACUUCCACUUUGAACUAAAGAUGUAAUGGAUGAAUGCUAUUAAAGUUAUUAAAUUUGACAGGACAGGGAUAUUAGAGCUAUUUGAUGGUGAACAUGGCACUUUUCUUAAGCACCAAAUGAUCCUAAAAGUGAUUCAGAGAUUAUCAGGUUUCAACAAGCUAGAAAGCCUCUUCUGGAAGCCUUGGGGCUGGUACUACCCUGCAGAGCUCUUGGGGUGGGACCCUGACCUAGAACUAUUUGGGUGACAUUGCUGCCCUGGGGGCCUGGAGGGCAGAGUAUGAAACCAAAGAGGAUUAUUCUACAACCUUAAAAUGUACUGGAAUUUGCCUUGCCAGAUGUUGGACUUUUUUGGGGACCUAUCACCCCGUCUUUCCUGUUUCUCCCUUUUGGAAUGGGAAUGUCCAUCCUUUGCCCGUCCCACCACUGUGUUUUGGAAGCACAUAACUUUUCUGGUUUCACAGGUUCACAGCUGGAGAGGAUUUUGCCUCAGGAUGGACUUUAGAGUUGAUGCUGGAAUGAGUUUAUGGUAAAUAUACCAGUUCUAGAACAAAUGAAUCAGAUUUUACACGUCUUGUUUAUAUUUUUACCCUUUCUGUGGGCACUCGGGACCCUACCCCCACCUGAUGCACUUUUCUUAUGGGCAAUGGAGCAGGUUUUAGAGUUUGGCCUUGGAGGCUCAUCUAUGUCAACCCACCUACGGUUGUUAAUAAUGUUCAUCAUUUCUACUGGAACAGCUGUAACAUCAUAUUUCAUUCCCAGCACUGUUGGUGUGGUUCUUUUCAUGACUGGACUUGGAUUCUUACUGAGUCUUAACCUAAGUGAGAUAGUUUUUGGCUUCAAACACAGUGUGACCGGACACAGAGUGGGAACCAAAUCUAAGGCUUUACCCAGUGGUUUGGAAAAACAGUUUACUUGGAAGGAAUACCUUUUCUACAGCAUUGUAUUAGUCUUGGCUCUCUUAGAAACUGGUUUGUUGCAUCACUUUGCUGAUUUCUCACAGAUUUCCAAAGACAGUCCCCAGGCUAUUGUUGGCUAUAUUUUGAUGAUAUUAUUUAUAAUACUAUGGAUACUUAAAGAAAUUCAAAGUGUCUAUAUAUUUGGAAUUUUCCGGAACCCUAUCUAUCCAAAGCAUGCACAGACUGUGACUUUAUUCCUAGAGAAGCAAACAAAGCUCACGAAGAUUGGCAUUGUCAGACGGAUUUUGAUAAAUCUAGUGUCACCUUUUGCUAUGAUAGCAUUUCUUUCAUUGGACAGUUCCUUACAAGGACUCCACUCUGUGUCUGUCUCCAUUGGAUUCACAAGAGCUUUUAGAAUGGUAUGGCAGAAUACAGAAAAUGCUUUAUUGGAGACAGUCAUUGUAUCAGCAGUGCACUUGUUGAUCUCCAAUACAGACAUAUGGUGGAACAGAAACCUGGAUACAGGAAUCAGACUCUUACUGGUUGGCAUCAUGCGUGAUCGUCUGAUUCAAUUCAUCUCUAAAUUGCAGUUUGCUGUGACCGUACUCUUGGCAUCAUGGACAGAGAAAAAACGUAGAAAAUCAACCACGACUUUAUGUGUACUCAACAUUGUCUUCUCUCCAUUCGUGUUGGUCUUCAUAGUUUUUUCUACACUACUCUCUUCUCCCUUACUCCCCCUCUUCACUCUUCCUUUGUUCUUGGUGGGGUUUCCUCGACCUAUUCAGAGUUGGCCAGGAGUUGUGGGCACCACAGCCUGUGUGUGUGCAGAUACAGUGUACUACUACCAGAUGGUCCCGAGUUUGAACACUGCCCUGCAGUCUGCAGUGGCAGCUGGAAGUUUAGGUCUCCUCUUACCUGGGUCUCAUUACUUGGGCCGUUUUCAGGAUCGUUUAAUAUGGAUAAUGAUUCUAGAAUGUGGCUAUACUUAUUGCUGUAUUAACAUUAAGGGGUUAGAAUUGCAAGAGACAUCCUGUCAUACUGCUGAAGCUCGAAGAGUUGACGAAGUUUUUGAAGGUGCCUUUGAACAAGAAGAAUAUGCAAGAGUAUGUUCCAUUAAUGAACACUUUGGAAAUGUCUUGACACCCUGUACUGUUUUGCCUGUGAAACUCUAUUCUGAUGCCAGGAAUGUCCUGUCUGGCAUAAUUGAUUCCCAUGACAACUUAAAAGAAUUUAAAGGUGACCUUGUUAAAGUGCUUGUGUGGAUACUUCUUCAGUACUGUUCCAGAAGGUCCAACAUGCAGGAAAAUGUUCACAAAACUGAAAAUAAAGGAAAAGCAUCUCUAAUAAUCCUGCCUCCUUUGAAUACUUCACCACAAACCGAAUCCCCAGAAGACACAGAUAAUUUAAAUUCAGAAAAUUUGGAUGACUGGUCUGAUGAUGUUUUUGGUGAAGAGCCAACUAUCAAAAAAGGAAAAGAAGAAAAAGAUCAGUUGGAAGUUUUGCCAGGUAUAAAUUUGCCUAUUCCAGGAUUAGUGGAAUCACAGAGGGUUGAUAAACAUUCUACAGGCACAGUUACUGAAAAUAGUCUUUACCAAGCAGUUGCAUUGGGAUACCCUGCUACUGACAAAGGAAAACAAGAAGCCAUGGCAUACAUCCCUCUCAUGGAGUUCAGUUGUUCUCAUUCUCACUUGUUAAGCUUACCUGAAGAGUGGAUAUCUAAUUGUUUGCCUAAUUCCAAAGUGAAGGAGAUGAGCUCAUUAUUUCCAGAAGACUGGUACCACUUUGUUUUAAGGCAGUUAGAAUGUUUUCAUUCAGAAGAAAAUGCCUCAAAUGUAGUGGAAGAAAUUGCAAAGGACAGAGUUUUAAAAGACUUUUAUGUUCAUGCAGUAAUGACUUGUUAUUUUAGUUUGUUUGGAGUAGACAAUAUGAUUCCUAGUCCUGGUCAUAUAUUGAGAGUCUACAGUGGUGUUUUCCCUUGGUCUCUUGCCUUGGAUUGGCUCACAGAAAAGCCAGAACUGUUCCAACUAGCCCUAAAAGCUUUCAGGUAUACUCUGAAACUAAUGAUUGAUAAAGCGAGUUUAGGUCCAAUAGAAGACUUUAAAGAGCUGACUAACUGCCUUGAAGAAUAUGAAAGUGACUGGUACAUUGGUUCGGUAUCUGAUGAAAAGUGGAAGGAAGCAAUUUUACAAGAAAAACCAUACUUGUUUUCUCUGGGGUAUGAUCCUAAUAUGGGAGUUUACACUGGGAGAGUACUUACCCUUCAAGAAUUAUUGAUCCAAGUUGGGAAGUUAAAUGCUGAAGCUGUUAGAGGUCAGUGGGCCAAUCUUUCAUGGGAAUUGCUUUAUGCCACCAAUGAUGAUGAGGAACGUUAUAGUAUACAAGCUCAUCCACUACUUUUAAGAAACCUUACAGUACAAGCGGCUGAUCCUCCCCUGGGAUAUCCAAUUUAUUCUUCAAAACCUCUCCAUAUACAUUUGUUUUAGAGCCCAUUUUAACUUGUAUUGUGAGCAAAUGAGAUAUCUAGAAAAUUAACAAUAUGAUUCCUCAUAACUUCACUGGACUUCUCUCUCUCCUCCCACAAGUCAGAUGCCUAAGAAAAGCUAAACUCUACAAAGUUGAUUCUCUUAGGUAUCUUAAUGGUUUAAACCAACAACUUUAUGUCUAACAUAAAAGUUAAAAUUAGUCGGCCAAUAUUUGUGCCCUAUUGAGUGUGGUAGGCUUUGGUAAAUACAAAACAUUUGUGUAAGAUUAUAUAAUGAAUUUUUUAAUGCUUUCUUAAAUGUGUGAUAAGUGACUUGCCUUAGAGAAGUCAACAACUGUGUAAUUUUUACAUGCUUAAAAGAUACACAUAUCAGUGUUUUUAAGUCAAGAUAAUGGAUCCUACUGAAGCUUAAAAAAUGUAUAUAUAUUUAUUUGAAAUAUUAAAUUUUAUAGUAUUUUCAGGGCUUCCCUGGUGGCGCAGUGGUUGAGAGUCCACCUGCCGAUGCAGGGGACACGGGUUCAUGCCCCAGUCCGGGAAGAUCCCACGUGCUGUGGAGCGGCUAGGCCCGUGAGCCAUGGCCACUGAGCCUGUGUGUCUGGAGCCUGUGCUCCGCAACGGGAGAGGCCACAACAGUGAGAGAGGCCCGCGUACCGCAAAAAAAAAAAAAAAAAAUUAUAGUAUUUUCAAUCUUUGUGCUAUUUUAAUAUUUAACAUGGUCUGUUUCAUAUAAUCUAUUCAUUUUCUUUUCAUAUACUUCAAUUCAGAAACCUUAAAAAUUUUCAAUAAAAUAUCUUCCAAAAAAAUCUUUUUUUUUCCAAGUAUCCUUUUGAUAUGUUUGAAAGGAAAAGUUCAUCCCAUUCAUCAUGUGAAUACUCACAGGAUUAGCAACAUUAAGGUAAUUGAUUAUGACUGUUAGAGGCCAUUCUGUAGAUCUGGCUCCUUAUGCAUUUCUUUUCAACUGAAUAUACUGCUUCUGAAGAAUGACUUAUCCGGUAGGACUACCAGUUACUAGUGUCUUAAGGUGUUUGAACUAAAGGCAGAAAGAGAUGGGAGAAAAUUUUUCAUAAUGUGAUCAGGCUUUUAUUUUCACUCUUUUGCUGCUUAGAACUUUUCACAGGUACUUAUAAGGAGGAUGAACAAUGAAUCUGCAUCAUUUGGGACAUGAAUUUCCUCUACACCUUAUUUAUUUCUGUCUAUAGUACCCAUUAUUUAAUCUGUAGUAGUCUCCUGAGUAGGUAGUACAGUAAUACAUUCUCUUUAGUAAUGAUUGAAAUUACUUGAAAUGUACCAAUUAGGUUUUUAUUACUAUUAUUCCUUUAUUAAGUGGAACAGUUCAAUACAGCAGUGUUAAAGGAUAGCUUUUUGGACUAAUUUCAAUUAAUGAAUUCACGAGUCUUGUGUUAAGUCAUUUUGGGGGAAGCAAUAUAGUAUAGUUAAUAAGAUAAGGUUUGGUGUUACAUCUGAGUUCAGAUCUCAGGCUUAUGAUUUAUGUAACUGAGAUUUAUUAGCUGGAAAAUUAUAUACCUUUUUUGUCACCUAGGGAAAUUUUCUCAUAUCAUUAAAAACACUAUCAGUUUUAAUGACUGUAUAACAUUGAUAGAUAUGACAAAUUAUUAGACUGUCCCCCAAAUAAUGGGCAUUUUAAGUUGUUUAAAGAUUUUCAGUAUUAUAAUAGUGCCAAGCCAUGCUUUCCCUUUACCAUGAAUUUUUCUCAAACUGCUGCCAUGUCCCUCCAUUUCUUUUCAUGGCCAAGUUUCCUCAUCUUCAUUCACUUGUCAAAACAUUCCAGUGUGGCCAUCUCUACUAUCCCCCAAAAUGAAGAAAGUUUUUAUUAAAGUCAUUAUUUACCUUCAUAUUGUCAAACCAACUACAGCUGGCCCUUGAACAACGUGGGUUUGAACUGUGCAGGUCCACUUGUACAUGGAUUUUUUCAGGAGUAAAUACUAAGAUACAAAGUCGAUUGAAUCCACAGAUAAGGAGGAACCAUGGAUACAGAGGGCCCACUAUAAAUUAUAUGCAGAUUAAAACCCCAGCACUAUUUGAGGGUCAACUAUAGUUACUUUUAUGUUCUCGUCUUAUUUGUCCUCUAAGUAGCAUUUGACACAUUUGACAACUCCUUGAAUUUUUUUCUUUUGGGCUUCCCUAACACAACAUUAUCUUCAUUUUCUUCCUGUCUCCCUGACUACUUCUCAAUCACCUUUGCUGCUUUUCCUUUUCUACCUGACGUCUAAAUUUUGGAAUUUCUUAACAGGCCCCCUCUUCUUAUUCUACGUUUCACCAUAGACAAUCAAUCUCAUUCACUCCCAAGACCUAAAAUAUUAUCAAUAAGUUGAUGUUCAAAUACAUGUACUCAACCUCUCUUCUUAGCACUGAACCUGUAUAUGUAACUAUUUCCAUCUCAUAUAUUCAGAAUAUCUGACCUGAUUGAACUUGCCCUAAAACCAGCUUUUCUGACUUCUACCUUAGUAGUGCCUAGGUAAUUCACAUGAGACAUCUCACGGAGAAUUACGAAAGCUAGGCAAAAUAAUAUUUUUAAGUCUGUUUAAAGGUAUCAGAGAACCAAUAAGACAGUGAAGAAUUAUAUCACCAACCAAGAUCCAAGGCAAAAUAAAACUUAAGAGACCUGACCUCAGCAUUUGAGCUGCUUUUCUUCUAGGAACAUUUGCCAAUUAAGGAAGAGGUGGCUGAGAUUAACUAACACUUUUGGCAGACUUGCUACUAAGUUAGAGGGUUAAAAAAUGGAGUCCAGGGCUCUCCAAAGAAGGAGGGUGAACAAAAAAAAUAGAUGGUUUCAAUCUUUUUAAUCCCUAAAACUGGAUUAAGGUGACCCUGGAUUUGUAGUGUACCUAGCUACUACCCAGAGCAAAUGUACAUCUUCUCUGGACCUUUUAUUUUUAUAAUUUUUCAUAUUUAUGUUGGACAGUCUAAAAUAAAGCACCUGAAGAGAUAAGACAACAUGAGCAAAAUCCAAGAGAAACAACAGACAAUAGGAACAAACUCACAGGGGUUUAUAACUGGAGGCUUUUUCCUCUUAAUCCCCUUCACCUGUUUUGCCCCCUACCCCACAAUAAUCACCCA